UUUCAGUUGUCGUACGUUGUUCGCCGCUGUUAGUACGUAGAGUAUUGAGUUUUAUUAUAAACAACUCAACAAACGUGUUACAAAAUAAAAAAAGAUUUUGAAAAUUGUUCAAUUGUUAAAAAUUAAUAAAAAACAUUGACUAACUUAGAUAAUAAUGUGUUAGUCGUUGUUUAAAAUAAAUUAAAAUGCUGUCAUUUAAAUAUUAAUAUACUAAGAAGAAAAAAAAAGAAAAAUAAAACAAAAUCACGUGUAUUAAAUAUUUCCCUAUAUUUCUUACGUUGUUGAGUUUUCUCUUUUGAAAACAUUUUUAUUCGAAAUACUACUAAAAUAUAAAUCAUACACACACACACUCUUCCACAAUUACUAAGUUUUUGUUGAACCGAAAAAAAGGGUGUUCAUUCGUUCUUAAGUCUUAAAAUAAUAACAAAACGACCUACAACAAAAACAAUAACAACAAACGUCAUUAUUAACUGGCAUCUAUCACAUUUCUCUUCGCACAAAAUCUCUUUAUUAUUACUUUUUUCUAUUACCACUUUUUGCACAGUACGAAAAAAUGUUUAAAUAAAAGGCGAAAAUCUCUAACAAUUUCAUUUAAACACUUAUUUUAUGCACAGAACACCUGAACUAUCUUAGUUCAUUACUCUUACGUAAAAUGAUUAUUCGAAGACAAUUGUAUUCCAAUAACAAUAAAUUACCAAUGAAAAAAUUACAAGAUUCUGGUAUGGAAUUGAAACCGAUCUACAAGAAAGUUGCACAACCCAAUAAAGCAACAACUACGAGUACGCCAACAAUUGUACGUGACGUUGAGGACCUGCUCAAACCGAUUUCACAACAAAAACAUCACAAUGAUCGUGAUGAAAUGCAACAGAGUCAGGCGUCAAAGGAACGCACUGAACGUAAUCUCUGGCGUAACGAUGAGGUAAUGGAAAUGUUGUAUACGAUGCAACAGGUGAAAGCCCUCGAAAAGCUCAAUGAUAAAACGGUGAAAAGUGAAAAUGUCUUCAAAGAUGUUGAGGUGAUAAUGCAUCGAAACGGUUUUGUUAAAAAGUCUCAUGUUCAGAUAUGGACAAAGUGGAAAUUUCUGAAAAGUACUUACAUGACAUCGAGACGUAAUAGGGUCAUACCGCGCAUGGUACCGCCACAAAUUUAUGAAACGAUACAUAAAAUGAUAACGGGUCUUAAUCAAAGUAUAAACGAUUCCUGCAGUUCGGUGGAUGGAGAUGCCUCCAGUGUUAGUGGUAUGGUGAUAAGUGGCGUAGAGGGAGGUGUUUCAGAUGUGGGUGCAACUAAUGGAGAGGAUGAGGAUAGUUUUGGCAUGGCUCAUCCUAUAUUUGGGUUUCGUUUGGGAACAGUUAAAUCGGAACCAGAGGAUACAGGUUAUGAAGCAUUUGAAAAUAAUUGCUCUGACAAAGAUCCUUUGGAAGAAGAACUCUCAUCCAGCAAAUCGGAUAAACCGGUUAAAAAAGAGGAUACUAAUAUAGAAAUAAAACCCAGCAAAGAACCAGAACCAGUACCUAAAGUUGUAGAAGUACCACAUCGUGGUAGAGGAAGACCGCCCAAAAAUCCACCCGCAGCUACUUCAACGCCCAAUAGUACACCCUCACCUGCCACAAAACCCGCACAAAUGCCACCACUAAGAGUAGCACCUUUCGCAAAAACCAUAAAUUCCUCGAAUACUAUAACACCCAACAGACCGCCACCGCCACUAACCAUGCCACCCACACCGCGCAUACGUGUAGCCAAUCUGUCGAAUUUAAAAAGUGGAGAACCUGUAAAAUUUGCUCAACCUAAACUUAUACCAAAACCUUCACACCACGAACAAACGACACCACCACCACCACCACCACAACCGGUGCGUUUAACCAAAGAUAUUGCUAUGCAAACACGUUCAUCGUCUACUCCUUCACCCAGUUAUCCCAAAAUGAAACAAAUACCCAUGCGUAAGACUCCAUAUUCUUUAAGGCCCGACAGAGCUAUACCUGAUUUAGAGGCAUCAUUAUCACCUCCCCCACCUGCCAUAGAGAAAACUUCUAACAGAAGAUUGGAAGAAGUGCCCACUACCAAACAUCUGAUAAUGCAAAAUAACUCAAAUAUCCUGCAAAAUAAUAUCAAUCGAAAGAGGCGUCUCGAAUGGCAAGAUCCGUUACCGGGUAAACAAACGAAAUAUAAUAAUAGUAUGUACGAAGAAAAGAAUUCCUCUAAAUCGUUUAAUAACUUCGAUGAUGGUCAAAGCUAUGGCAAAGUAUUACAAAAUGUAAUGAUCGAUUUAAGUUCGUCAUUGCGUAAAAUGCAAACAGAAAUGAUGCGAGAUUUCUUCAAGAAACAAAAUGAAUUACUUGAACGCGAGCACAAAUUCCAAAUGCAACAGGAUCAGAUGCUAAUGAAGGCUUUCCAAGAGCAAACUCAGCAGAUAAUGCAUUCCGUUAAGCAGCUAGUGGGUUCCAUAAAAACUAAUAGAAAUGAGUCAUCAAAUAAUAGAGAAGAGCUAGCUGUAAAAGCUGCUAGUGUAAAUGGUAAAGUACGAAUGCAGCACAAACAUGUUCAAGAAGCUGAAGAAGAAAUGGAAAUGGAAGAUGAUGUAGAACUGGAAGUGGAGGAUGAUGAACAUAAUCAAGAACAUGAGGGUGAGGGUGAGCAUGAAAUGGAACAAGAUGCAGAAGACGUGUAUAUAGAUGGAGAAGAACAACAAGAUCAGUUAGAAGAACAUGAAGAAAACGAUCAAGAAGUAAUGGAAAACAAUGCAGAUGAGGAAGAACAUGAUGAGGCUGAAGAAGAUGAUAAUGAACAAUCGAAUGAUCAUGAGGAGGGUGACGAAGAGGGUGUAGACGAAGAUCAGUCACAAUCAGCUGAUGAGCAGCACGAAAAUGGUUUAACAGCUGAAGAACAAGAUAAUAGCAAUGAUUUUACUAAUGAAGAACAAAAUCCUUUACACAUUGCAGCCAGUGAAAUGAAUGAAGAUUAAUUAAGUUUCUUUUAAUAUUAUUAAACAUUCCAAAACAAUUAACAUUCCUUAAACAAUUAAAAGCUUAUAAAGCUUAUUUGCUUAAAAGACACAACUCCAUUAAUUUAGUUAAUACAUAUAUUGAUUUCACUUAAUUUUUAUGCAGAAUACGUUCAUUUGUUAGUAACUUAUUUAUCGUAGUCUAACUAAUUUUAAGUUAUUUGUUGAGGUAUAUCGAUAGAGGUAUAUUUUAAUCUAUAUUUUUUAAAUGAAUUCUUGUAUUUCCCUAAACUGUUCAUAUUUUAUAAGUUUACCGUUAAGUAAUCUAUUUAGGUAUGAAAUAAAUUCCUACAAUUGUAAAUUAAAA